CUAGUGUCUUACAGGACGCUAGCCCGGCGGCGGCGGCCGCGAGCUGUUUUAGGGCGCGGCGGCGUCGCUGUGCACUGUUUUGCACCGUGCCGGGUACCCUUGUGACCUGCUAAUAGCUUCUUGCCCGUGGUUGCGCUCGGUCUGCACUCUGCUCUCUCUGAAGAGCAGCGCUCUGAAGAGCAGCACAGCACUCGAAGAGAUGGCCGGCGAGGCCCUACGCAUCGACCUCGGCACCGUCGCCGACGCCGCUGGUAGUGCCACGGUCUUUUAUGACGGCUCCAGCGUCUCCGUCGCCUGUAGACUGGAAGCGGCGCGGCGCGACGGACUAACAAUAGACUGCGAGGUCGAGGCCGCGUCCUUCGACGCUCCCCAAAUCAAUGGAGACGACGUCGCGCGCGCCCUCAAAAGCUGCCUCGCGCCGGGCGGGCCCAAGGCCUUUAUCAAACUACGGGCCGUCAUUUUGAACAGCGGCCGCGGCGAACUCGCAGCCGCGUGCAUGGCGGCGUCCCUCGCCUUAUGUGAUGCGGACAUACCGCUGCGGGGCCUGUGCGGCGGCGGCUGCGUGGAACUGGGCGAGGGCGCGCUCGCGCUCGUCGCGACGGCUGAGGGCGUCGUCGCGAGCCGCGUCGACGGCGCGGGCGACACGGCCGCGGCCCUCGACGAGGCGCUCGGCGCCGCGGCGGAGGCGCGGGGGCGCAUGCGCGCGGCGCUGGUCGAGAGGCUAAGUAGUGGAUAG